CAUUGCGAUCACGAUGCUGAUAUGGACGCAGCUGACUUCAAUCUUCCUCUUGACGGACGUCGUUACUGUUCAUACCGAGAAGAUAUUUCACAAUAGAGACCAUUCCGACGUUGACGUGCACGCUCCGCACCACGCCGAGCUCAUCGUUGACACAGAUACUGCACGGCAAUUUCUGUCGAAGUAUGGCUUUUUGAAGCCACUCAGACUAGACGAAAGCCAAUCGAAAGAAGCAGACUAUAUCCUAGGUGGAGAGCGGCUUCAUAUGCGUAUUCAGGAAGGGCGUUCCGCAUCUCGGACGGGGAUUGAGACCGAUGUUAGUGCCAACAUCCCAGAUCUCAUCUCAGGCCUCAGACAGUUCCAGGUGAUGUCUGGCCUGCCGGAAACGGGCGUUUUUGAUGAUGCUACCAAAGCUGCUAUGAACAAACCAAGGUGUGGAGUCCCGGACAGAUUAUCUCCCACUGGCUCAUCUGUGAAAGACAAUUCCACUGGCUCAUCUGUGAAAGACAAUUCCACUGGCUCCUCUGUGAAAGACAAUUCCACUGGCUCAGCACCUGCUGACCCUGUAGCCAGUAACGCUACAAUCAACAUCACGGAUGACCAAAGUGACCGGAAUCUAAAGCCAGCCAGCCCCCGACAGAAGAGGCAUCUCCUAACCCUUCUGUCCAAGAGGCGGUCAAAACAGGAAGCCGGCAACCUCAGGCAGAUAGCCUUCUCCAAGCAGCUGCUGAAAUGGAGACUGAUUGGCGAGGGCUACAGCAGCCAGCUGUCCAUCGACGACCAGAGGUACAUCUUCAAGCUGGCCUUCCGGAUGUGGAGUGAAGUAUCACCUCUAGAUUUUGUGGAGGACGUGCACUCACCCCUGGCUGAAAUUGACAUCAGGCUUGGGUUUGGGACUGGAAGACACUUGGGUUGUACUCAGGCUUUCGACGGCGCUGGGCAGGAGUUCGCUCACGCCUGGUUUCUGGGCGACAUUCACUUUGACGACGACGAACACUUCACUGCUCCCAACACUGGCUACGGAAUCAGCCUUUUGAAGGUGGCAGUACAUGAGAUCGGCCAUGUUCUGGGUCUGCCGCACAUCUUCCGGCCAGGUUCCAUCAUGCAGCCCAGCUACCUCCCGCAGGACACCGGGUUCGAGAUCGACUGGCUGGACAGGAAAGCUAUUCAGAAGCUUUAUGGUGGGUGCAGAGGGCACUUCAGCACAGUGUUCGACUGGAUCAGGAAAGAGCGGACCCCGUAUGGUGAGGUCGUGGUCCGAUUCAACACCUACUUCAUGCGGGGCGGCUGGUACUGGAUGUAUGAGAACCGGAAUAAUAGAACCCGGUACGGGGACCCGGUGGCGGUACAGAUGGGAUGGCACGGUGUCCCCAGCAAUGGCGUGGAUGCCUAUGUGCACGUGUGGACGUGGACCACCGAUGCCGCCUACUUUUUUAAAGGUACUCAGUACUGGAGGUACGACGGUGAAAACGACGAGGCGUUUACCGAGGACUCUGAGGGCUGCAGGUACCCGCGGCUUAUCUCUGAGGGCUUCCCUGGUGUCCCCAGUCCCAUUGACACCGCCUUCUAUGACAGGAGGGACUCCCUAAUCUAUUUCUUCAAGGGCAAGGAUGUUUACGCCUUUCACGUGGGGACACACGCCGUGGUGAGCGGCUACCCAAAGAAGAUCAGGGAGGCUUUCCCUGCCUUGGUGCCUGGUGACCACCCAGUUGGCCACCUGGAUGCAGCCUACUUGUCUUACACCCAUAAUGCCGUUUUCCUGCUGAAGGGCACACGCUUCUGGAGGCUCCUGGGCACCCGGGAACAGAGGCUCAAGCCCUCUCUCCCCCGAAAUAGCCUGCUGCCAGGCAAGGAGGUGGACCAGCAGUGGUUCGACAUCUGCGAUGUGCACAAAACUAACCUGAAGAUGUUAGGCUGACGAGAGAUACGGUCAUUUGACCAUUUGUGCAACUUAUUUAGUCUUCCCUUCCCAUGAGACCAACACUAAUUGAUUCCCUUAUUAAUCCGGUUCAUGUUUCAAUGGACCUUCAUGUUUCUAGACUAAACCUUUGCAGUCUCAAUCAGUCCGUGUCUCGAGACUAACGCUUCAUUCCACUUUCAUAAUUUCAAUCCUUGACUCAGAUGCAAUAUCAACCGUUCUUUCCCACUUGUGGGAGUUUUGAUUACAAAAAUAAAUGUUCUGAGGGAAAAGGGAAAAUGAUUGGUUCAGAGAGAUAACCAAUCGGAUUGUAGA